CUCCAGACAUAAAAUUCGUCCCAAAAAGUUUACAGUAGGAAAUCUGUCACACUGACAGUAUAUCAAAAUUUUCGUUAACAUUUCAAAUGUAUAUUAAAAUUUUAAGUUGAAAAUGGACAAAAUAGCAACAGAAAAUCUCUUUUUGUUAGAAUUUUUAGUGGAUAAUGUGACUUUGGAUCCAAACUUCGAAAACGAUGAUGACGAUGCGGGAGAAAAAUGUGUCACAUUCCAGUUUUUGGAUAAUGCUCCCCUUGAUGUAUGUGAAGCUGAUUUUAAGCCAGAAAGAAACUAUAAAUCUAAUUGUCCAAAAUUUGCCAAUAUAAAGAGCGGAAAAUCUUGUCUGUUUUCUCUGUCGCCUGAACAAGCUGAAGAAGCUCUGAAUCAAUUGGACAUCAAUGUAAAGAUUUACAAAAAGAUGCCACCAGGUGAUUGGAUGCCUUCAGAUGUAGAGAUUGGUAGUGCAGCAAUCUCUAUCGCCAAUCUGUUUAACGAACUUAUUUCCAGUAUCACUGAUUCAACUGAAGACGAAGAAACUAUUCCCACGGCGAAAACCUUAAAAGACGAAUUUUACAUAACAUCACCCAAUAGAGAACCAUGUGGAAAGAUUAGCGUCUACAUCAGAAUGUCCUGUUUUGGCAAACUUAUAGUGACGCAAUUCCAAAUGAAUCUAAACGACAAGUCUGUGCUGUUUAAGGAUAAAGAAGGAAAAUCUCUGUACAGAUAUAAGAAAGCUGGUAAAGGUUCAAAAAGUAGCAAAUGUACUCCAAAAUCAGAAAAAUCUGACAAGAGGAGGAGUAGUUUGAAGAAAGGUAAGGGUGAUCCUUGUGAGUGUAAUGGACGAUCACCUGAAGAUGAUGUGAUGUUUGCAAAAACAGAUCAAUGCACAGACUCCUGUCCAUUUAAACCCUGUAUAAUAGAACAACAAGGCGGUGGUCCAGGUCCAGGAUAUCCAGGAGGAUACAAUGCCUUCCAGUCUUCCUACAAUGGCGCUAUUCCAUAUGGUCCCGAGGGUGCUGCAUACAAUCCACUUCUUUCUGGAUUACCCAUGAAUCAGGAAAUUAAUUACGGUCCAGGUGUAGGAAUGGGUGCACUUGGUGGACGUUUACCAGCCCAAAGGGGUGGUGCUCCUUGUAUAGAAUGCGAUAUUAAACCAAAUCCACCAUGUGCAACAGUAUAUGGUGGCGGAUUUACCGGAUUUGGUGAUUUGAAUGGAUAUCCUACAGGUAUACCAAUGCAACCAGGCAUUCAAAUGCAACCAGGUAUGCCAAUGCAACCAGGUAUGCCAAUGCAACCAGGUAUGCCAAUGCAACCAGGUAUGCUAAUGCAACCAGGUAUGCCAAUGCAACCCGAUAUACUUAUGCAAAGUAUGGCCCCUUUGCCAACAAACGGGGGAUACGCACCAGUUCAACCCCAACAAAACGGACCUCCUGUGUGUCGCCCUAGCCAAGGUCCUCAAAGAAGUCAAGAAUUAGACCAACCUUGCUCUGAGUGUUUCCCCUGUCCAUUUGCUGAAGAACCACCUAAAGACGACGGCCCUGAGGGAAAUUAUCAAGAAAUCGGCGCCUCAAUGGGAGGAAAUUCGCUUACAAUCAGAGUUCACAAAGACAAAGGUAAAAUCGAGCCAACAAGUGACUAUUCAGGAAGCUGCAUAUGUGCAAACGAAAAGAAUAAAAUGAACAUUAACAUGCGGCCAGGAGUACGGCAAGCGGGAGAAAAUCUUCCCUUUGCUUUUAAAAUGGGUCAACAAGGUCAACCAGGAGGCAAUAACGUAGUCGUCAAUCCACCAGUCAGUACGGCGCCCAACGGAGCCAAGUGCGCAGAGUUUUCAGACCCCAAUAAAGAGCUGUUUGUAUUGAGAAUAGGUAAAAAGAGUGAAGGUGUGGACAAGAAACAGAACCUUGAACUUGAAUUGUGUACACCUAAAGGUCCGGAACUGAAACCUAUUCCGCAGAAGAUUACAACUGAAACGCAAUACGAUCCUAAGGAUGCUGGAUCUGAGUCCAAGAAAGGCAAGAAAGGAAAGGGAAAAGGAAAGGGUAAAGGAAAGGGUAAAGGAGGCAAAGGAAAGAAGAAAAAAUAGGGUUUUACAAGUUUUUACUUAACUUAAAAACAAGUUUUUAAGUUAAAAAUUAUUUGAACAUAUUGUAAUGUCCUGUAUAAAAUAAAAAAUGUUACUCUCGUUAAAA